AUGCAGCAGCACCCCAGCUGCAUCCCCCGUAUCCUGCACGGGCGCUCAGCAUCAUCAUCAGCAUCAUCAUCGUCUUCCUCGAGCGAGUUCGCUGUUGAUCAUUUGGUCAUCGGUGGUGGCGUUGUCGGGCUUGCUGUUGCUGCCCGGCUCGCCGAAUCGCAUCCGAAUGCCUCCACGCUGUUGCUCGAGCGGCAUCCUCAGUUUGGCAUGGAGACAUCGUCCCGUAAUUCCGAGGUGAUCCAUGCAGGCAUAUACUAUCCCAAUGACUCGCUCAAGACCAAACUGUGUGUGCAGGGCAACCACUUGCUCUACCGGUAUUGCAAAAGCAAGAAUGUGCCCUUUUCGCGGAUCGGCAAAUGGAUCGUUGCUGUCAGUGCCGAUGAGGCAGAUUACCUGUCGACUCUGCAGCAAAAGUUUGAUAAGAUCAAGCAUCCGGAGCAAGAGCAGCUGCGGUUCUUGUCCGCCAGCGAGCGGGAGCUCGAGCCCAACGUCAAGUCGACCGAGGUUCUAUUGAGUUCCUCGACGGGCAUCAUCGACUCGCAUGCGCUGAUGGGCGCUUUGGAGUCGGAUUUUCUGUCAACCGGAGGCAUGGUCGCAUAUCGCUCCAACGUCGUCGGAAUCGAGUAUUCCCGCAGCUCGGCCUCAUACAGAAUCCAGCUCGAGGGCUCUGACGAAGCCAUCGAGGCCCGAUGCGUGGUGAAUGCAGCGGGCCUGUCGAGCGACCGAAUUGCAGGGCUGCUGCUGGACCCACUGCCACCCGACUAUACCCUGCACUACUGCAAGGGACGAUACUUUUGUCUGCGAGGGAACCAACCACUUGUCUCUCGGUUGAUCUAUCCCGUGCCCGAGAAGAACUUGGUUGGGCUUGGUGUCCACUGCACUCUCGACCUGGCUGGUAAACUCAAGUUCGGGCCCGACACCAAGUAUGUGACGGAUGCGGCCAACCUGAGUGUCGAUGAUAUCACCGAAGACGAGCUGGACCAGGCCUGCAGAGCCAUCCAGCGCUAUCUGCGUGGGAUCCGGCGAGAGGACCUCUGCAUGGACUACGCUGGCAUGAGACCCAAGCUCUCUGGACCCUCCGGCUCCUUUCGCGACUUUGUCGUCGCAGAAGAGUCUGGUCGAGGAUUCCCUGGAUUUGUCAACCUCAUUGGCAUCGAGUCACCGGGGCUGACGAGCUCGCUGGCCAUCGCGGAUAGAGUCGAGGCGCUGCUCCAUCAUCCAGCGACACUCUAG